GGAACACUUUUAGGCUCCCUGCUCACUGGCCAAAGGACACUAGCACAGUGGAAAGGAUUUAAAGGUAUGGUGGAAGCUGCCUUUCUCCUUGGCAUGAUUAUUAUAAAAAUUGAAGGAAACUGAAAAGAGAACAACUUUUCCUCCAGAUGUCCUGUCUUUUAACAUGUCCAGACAUCACCUAUAAAUCAUCUUUUGUUCCCUCUGUGACAAGUGUCUUCAGACUGGGGACACUGCUCUGGGCACUGGGCUGGGUAGAGAGCUAGGCUGUCUGCCUGGCUGGGACCACAGGCGUGGGAGGUUAGGACCUCGCCUGAUGAUGCGGAGGCCCUAGUCUGCCCUGUACACAGUGUUCCUGUAAGGUCUAGCAGCUUUGUUCCCUCAAGAGCUAGACUCUGAGCUCUGUUUGCCUAGCAGUUUGGCUUGGUAGAAUUCCCAUGGGUUUCAGAGCCAGAACUGGAUUAAAUCACUUCCUGGCCCAAGGAACCUGACCUUGUCAGUUAGAGUGGUAUAAUUGCUAGUGGGGAAUAAAUGAGAUAAUGGGGAUAUGUAUGUCUCUGUCCCAGAGCUUGGCACAUCACAGAUGCACAAUCAUGGCAUCUGUUAUUCUCUACAUCUUGGACUUAAGAUAGCAGCAGAUCAUCCAACCAUUUCCCACAUACUAGCUUUCAGCUUCAUGGUCACAGGAUGGCCACUGUAAUGUAGACACUGCAUCUGCACUGAAGGCAUUGAAGGCAGGGAGGAGGAAGGAACAGGACAUGCUGUCUGUUCCUUUUAUCCAAAACCAAAAGCCUUCCCUCAGCUCCCCAGAAUACUUGUCAUGAUCUGGUUGGCGAACUCUGGUCACUUGUACGGUAUUGUGUAACUGUCCCCUUGAACACGAGGCACCAGGGCUACUUCUCUUAAAGUAAAUGACCUGGGUCGUUGGCUUUAAUACCGAUUCCUCGCACAUUAUUUUCAUGCUGGAAUCAGAGCACGUCUAGGGAUGGGUUGGAGGCAGGGGUGCAUCUGCCACUUCUCUGGGCAGAAACAGCUUGAGGCUGAGAGGCGGCUGCAGGGAAUUGACUAUUAGAACAGAGAUGCCUCUUGCACUUUCCCUGGCUCUGAAGGCGGCUCCAAAGCUGCCUCCUGCCAUUACCUGCUCCCUGUGGAUUUCUUCUCAGCCCGCCAGAGCCCUGCCUCUGGGCCAGGAAGCUGAUCUCUGGGUUGGAACUGACCAGACUCCAACUGGGCUGCAGUACGGACUUGCGCCGAGUGAAACAUCUUUCAACCUAAUAUCAGAAAAAUGUGACAUUCUAUCAAUUCUUCGGGAUCAUCCUGAAAACAGGAUUUACCAGAGGAAAAUCCAGGAACUCAGCAAAAGGUUCACCGCGAUCCGCAAGACCAAGGGGGAUGGGAACUGCUUCUACCGGGCCUUGGGCUAUUCCUACCUGGAGUCCCUGCUGGGGAAGAGCAGGGAGGUCCUCAAGUUCAAAGAACGUGUCCUGCAGACCCCAAAUGACCUUCUGGCUGCUGGGUUUGAGGAGCACAAGUUCCGAAACUUCUUUAAUGCUUUUUACAGUGUGGUAGAGCUGGUAGAGAAGGACGGCUCAGUGUCCAGCCUGCUGAAGGUGUUCAACGACCAGAGUGCCUCGGACCAAAUCGUGCAGUUUCUGCGCCUGCUCACCUCCGCCUUCAUCAAGAACCGCGCGGAAUUCUUCCGACACUUCAUUGAUGAGGAGAUGGACAUCAAGGAUUUCUGUACUCAUGAAGUGGAGCCCAUGGCCAUGGAGUGUGACCACAUCCAGAUCACAGCCCUGUCUCAGGCACUGAACAUUGCCCUGCAGGUGGAGUAUGUGGAUGAGAUGGACACGGCCCUGAACCACCACGUGUUCCCCGAGGCUGCCACCCCUUCCGUUUACCUGCUCUAUAAAACAUCCCACUACAACAUCCUUUAUGCAGCCGAUAAACAUUGAUUAAUUUUAGGCCAUGCAGUGGAGCCUGUCACCUAACGGGACUGCAUUCUAAAUGGAACAUUCCGACUUUUCAAUUUUUUAAGCAACUUAAACUAUAGUUAGAAAAUGUACAGCCUUUUGGGCAGUCACUGGGAAUGAGGACUACCCACCAAGGACUGUGGUAACUUAGUGGUACUGUUAAUAUUUAUUUUCAUGGAGGAUCAAAUACUUUCUAAUUCAGGGCUACAAAGCCAGAACCUCUGGCUCUGCUCCCAGUUCCCUGAGACCCUGGGCAGGUCACCUCCCCUCUCUGGACCCAUUUCUUCAUCUGGAGAAGGUUCUUGCCAGUACUGACAUUCUGUUGUAUAAAAAAUAGGGCCCUCUGGUUUCCUUUCUGUGCCUCUCUAAUGGGGAGGAAAAGCUCAAGGUCAGCUGUCUUUGGUGACUUUCCAGUCCUACAGAAAAGGAUCCAGUCCAAUCAGCUGUUAGACUGGACAUUGGUGGAUGGCUGACUGAAGUGUUGGCCAGUUGGCCAAUGUGAGGGCUUCAGCAUGGUUCCAAACAUUCACCAGGGGAGUGUUUUCUUACCCUAACCUAAGGAGAAAAGGACUUUUAUGCCAAAGUUUAAAAAGGGGCCUUCAGCACGAAGCUCAAGUUGUUGUGGCCUCCCCUCCUCUCUACCUCUCAGGGCCAGACCUGCCUGCUUUGGGGCAGGCCCUUCAGGAUUCUGCAGCUCAGCCUCCCCUAACAGGCUCAAGGAAGGCUGGGGUCUGGGACCAGGAAGCUGUCUCGCCAUCCCCAACAGCCUGGAAGGAGAAUCUAGGUCAUCCGCCAGUGGAGACCGCAGUGCGCAGCCGCAGACUCCAGCCGGGCAGGCAGCCAAGUUCUGCAAGGUUGUCCGCAGCUUCUUUCCCGCCCCUGCUCGGUGUUGUGGACCGGCAGAAAGUCAGGCGGGAAAGAACAGACAAGCUGGGGUAACCGGCAAGGAGGGAGAUUUGUUGUGAAAACUGCCUAGAAGCCAAGAGCCCAGGUUGGCAGCCUCCUCCGUCUGUUCCCCUGGACAUUCCCCUCAGUAACUAGCCUUGUCACCUUGCUGCCCCCAGGACCCUGAAGAGCCCAGCUGAUCUGGGGUACUGCUAGCAAGUGCUCUUCCUCUGUGGGAGGAAAUGGAGACCAUACAAGUGUGGAACUGCCCGUGGGGGUGCUCCCCUAAUCCAAGGUGUUUUCUCGCAAGUUCCAUUCUGCAGGGAUUUCUGAGAAUCCACCCUGCAUGUCUGCUGGCAGCCAGACCAUACACAAGGACUGGGUAGCAGACUGCCGAGGCCUUGUAUACAAACGGCAGAUUUGUAUCAUUCUUCUACCUUUGUGAAGACCGAUGUUAGGGUACUUCAAUGCCAGGCAGGGACCCAGGUUCCCCUACUGCAUUUGCUGGAGCUUAAACCCAAGGGUUCACACUAAGUGAUCAUGUCACUUUUCCAAAGGAAUGUAAACCUGACCUUGAUCUCUGAUUUGGUGAUGUCCCACCCUGCUCUGGGUAGGAAUGCUAGGAUCUGUGACAAACAUACUGGAAGAAUGGGGGAAAUGUUAUGUGACUUGUGACUGUCAGGAUCCCCAAUUUUCAAAUCAAAGGGUAUGAACACGGCACCAGGUUGAAUGCCCGUGGCUGCUGAGGGUCUGUGGGACGGUCCAUGCCUCCAACUGGGCUCUCACACCUGGCAUAAGCAGCAGCGGCCACUUCUUGGCAUGCUCACAAAAGUAGAGCUUUCUCUUUGGCAGACUGGCUGGAGAAAUUCCCUCUCGGGCUUCCUAUGCUGUGCUUCCAGGUCUAAGCCCACCAGUGCUCCCAUGAGACCCUCUUCCAGAAGAGUUCCUAUCAGUUUCGAAUCAGAAUGCCACAGGCAAAUUAUUCUCAUGUUCUUACAAUGUGCUUCCCCCUUUCCCCACAAAACCACUGGUCCAAUCCAAGCCAUGGCUCUCUGCCCUCACAUCCAACCUCAGAUGGUCUAAGGCAAGCACCGAUGCUGAAAAGGGAGUGGCAGAAUUCAGGAACUUGUUCAAAUCCAGCCAUCUGGGGAGGUUACUUUGCUGGUCUACAGCAGCCAGCUGCGCCGGCGUUCAAACCUUCUGGACAGUUCUGCACCCACCUCACCAAUCCCUCUCUGUCCAGACCAAAAGGGGGCAGGAGAGUUGCUUUGAGAGUCUGUAUAACUGCACAUUUAUUACUUUCUUUCCAAAGAGAACUUUAUAAAUGGGAAUGUUUAGCAACAAAAAGAACAAAUUGUCCUUGCUUUUGACUGGGUUCCUAUUAUAAGCACAGAGGGCUUCUGGAGUCAGACCCGCCUGGGUUUGAAUCUCCCCUUUCCACAAGCUCUCAGCCAAGAACUUCAUCUCUGAGCCCUAAUUCCCACAUCAGUGAAAUGGAAACAGUACCUACGCAGCACAGGAUCACUGGUUAAAGAGGAACAAGAUUAUGUGUGAGACCAGACACCCAGUGCUCUACAAGCGGGGAAGCAGAACACUUGCUGCAAUGCGGGCAGGUACUUCCUUGGCAGGGAAACUCUGGCUUCCCCAACAGGGAAGUGUCAGAACCCAUGAGACAAGUCUAAGAACCGUUCUCUCACUGUGCAAAAUGGGGGCAGCAGCUGUGGCUCAGUGAGCAGCUGGUGGGGAGGGGGGAGUGGGAUGGGCAGGCCCUACAGCUUCUCCUGGCAGUUGGUGGAAACAUUUUCCUGCAUUAAAAUGGUUUCCAUGACAACCUUUGUCCUGGUUUCUUAGUAUUUGGUAUCUGACAUGUACUGAAGAUCACCACUCUCCCAUGGGACUUAUCUGUAUGAGUGGAUUAGCAGAGCGCGGGUUGUCAUUUAGUGGAAGAUCCAGAUACUCAGGAACUUCUGCCUUUGGGCUCGAGGUGCCAAAGAAACCACAGGACUCACCAAAGCUUUACAUCAUCAGGUCAAAGAACAGAACUGCCAAGGAUGCUACCCUUAGCUUUAGAACUAACUCUCCUUAACGUAGGACUUACCCUGCAAAAAAAUAAGAGCAUCUGCUGUUAAAGGACGAGGGCUGCAUGUCAACAGACAUCAGUGGGUCUGUCUGGCCUGUGAUCAGUAGCCUCAGGCCUCUCAUGACUCAGGUACUGCUAAGGUUCCUGAAGGCUGUUCAAACUGCCACUGUAUCAUCUGGAUAAUGGUGAGUCCCCUACCACUGCAGCCCCACCAGCUGUCAUCCAAGAAAUGAUCUCACAGACUAGGAUUGUUUUCUACUGCAUUCUCCUCCCUGGGUCACUGAUGACCCUGGGGAGACAUUCCUUGACAACACUGCUGUCCUUUUAAGACUGAAGCAGUUUUCUGAACAUGCCCACAAGGAAAUACCCACGGUUUUGAUCGCAGGCCUGCCACUUGGCCGCUCUGUGAUCUGAGCCAAGUCUAAAUCACUGUCAACUUUUUCAACUACAAAAAGGUGUCAGGACUUGUAUCUCAGAGGCCUGUUAGAAACCAAAUGAUAAAACAGAUGAAAAUGCCUAACAGUGCUUGGUACUUGAUCAGCACUCAAGGACACCUGACUCUGUCCAACUGUCCUACUGUAGUUACCCAGAGGGGCUGAGGAAACACUACUGCCAUCCUGCCAUCCUGCCGACCAUGAAGUCAAGGGGACCUGUGUUGAGAAAGCCGGCCUUAGCCGUGAAGAAAUGUACGCAUCUCCAGCAACUGUGGCUACUCACCUAGACGUACCUAGAGAAAUCUGGGUUGGGGGAGGGGCAGACGGGACACGGAUUCCCUCAGCACAUAUUUACAUCAUGCCCUGACCUAAGCCCAAGGGCUGCAAGGGCUAAUAAAGCAGCCUAUGCUGUCAGGGAGCUUAGCAGACAACACAGUCUGCCAAGCGCUACAGCAAGGGUAAGCCCAACUACUACAGACACGAUGCCCUCCUGGGGGCUUGGCGACUAGGGAAGAUGUGCUCAAGGAUGGGGAAAAAGGCAAGCAGGCAGAGGGGAAAGCUUGUAUAAAGACUCAGGACCAGAGAAAGAGCACAUGGGACUGUGGAUAACAACCACUUCAGGACGCAGAGGAGAGGAGGGGAGACAAGAGAGAAACUGGCUAGCACCAGAUCCCAAGUGCCUCACAACGCCAGACUCUGCACAUUGUUACUGGCUUCCCCACAGACGGCUCUGAGGGUAAGGAAGCCGGUGUUCUCUUGAACCCGAGGACGGCAACCUCUUCCCUGCCCACCCCGCAGCGUGGCUCACACAAGAGAAUGUGAACGGCAGAGAGCUAUAGAGCUUUUAGUGGAGUGGAGUGGAGUGCCGUGGAGAAAAGCACAACACAAGCAAAGACCCAAAGCUCCAUCCCCACUCUCCAAUGGGAUGAGAUGUACCCUACG